GGUGAGGAGAACUUCACCACUCCCUGCUAUAUCCAGAUGGACGAGGAAGCGUGUCACAUCCUGACGGAGACGCUGGGCACAUACUGUCUGGUGGGUCAGUCGGUCAGCACUGCCGCCGCCAAGAGACUGAAGCUGGCCAUCUUCGGCCCGGUCAGCUGCACCGUCCUGGAGUACAACAUCCGAGUCUACUGCCUGGACGACACGCAGGACGCGCUCAAGGAGGUGCUUCAGAUGGAGAAGCAGAUGGGCGGGAAGCUGCUGGAUGAACCCAAGUCUCUGAACUUCAAGGACAGCACACACAACCUGCGUCUGUCGCUGCACGACGUCCCACACACUCUCUGGAAGAGCAAACUCAUCGCCAAAUACCAGGAGCUGGCGUUCCAGCAGGUGUGGAGUGGCUCUCAGAGGAACCUGCACUGCACCUUCACACUGGAGCGCUUCAGCGCCGCCACACUUGAAUCUGGUUUCUUUUUCACUCACUUCUGUCAGAAUUCAGGGCAGCAGGAGCUGGCGUUCCAGCAGGUGUGGAGUGGCUCUCAGAGGAACCUGCACUGCACCUUCACUCUGGAGCGCUUCAGUGCCGCCACACUCGAGCUCUCCUGCAAGCUGUGUGUGCGACAGGUGGAGGGAGAAGGACAGAUAUUCCAGCUCAACAGCACACUAUCUGAGGACUCUCAGUGCAUCGACACGUCUCUCCUGGAUCCGGCCAGUAACAUCACCACACUGGUGGGUCCCAACGCCUUCCGGAUCCCGCUGUCCAUCCGGCAGAAGCUGUGUGGGAGUCUGGACGCGCCGCAGACCCGCGGAAACGACUGGAGGAUGCUGGCGCACAAACUCAACCUGGACAGGUAUCUCAACUACUUUGCCACCAAGUCGAGUCCGACCGGUGUGAUCCUGGACCUGUGGGAGGCGCAGCACUUCCCCGACGGCAAUCUGAACCGUCUGGCCGCUGUGCUGGAGGAGAUGGGGCGUCACGAGAACAUCAUGAGCGCCGAGCACUGACACCCGUCCCAUGAGAUCGCCGCCGGGUCACUGUGAGCCGCUCCGCUGCAGCCGUUUGCUUUUCUGGUUAGUGUGUGGUUAGUGGUAUCAGUUUCUUAGGAAACGCGACUACUUCUGUCCAAAUACUGGACCUCCGGCUUCCCGCCGUCUGUCCUGGACAUCACAUGACUCACAUCCGUCAUGGCAGUUCGUCCCCUGACAACACUUGGAGGUACCUUUCUAUGAACACGUGUUGAGAAAUGCCUUUAUUUAUACUCCGCUCCUUGGUUUUUCGCUCUGGUUUUUCUGGUUUGCGUCUCAUUGUUUUCUUGCGCCAUCCAGUGGACAGAGCCUGUAACUACACGUCCAUCCAGCCUCCUGUAUAUGUGACCCUGGAGCACAAAACCAGUCAUAA